AUGAAGAAACUUUACCGAAAGGGAACGGUUCAUCCAUCAUCGCCGCCAUCGGUAUCGGAACAAUUCUCCUUCCUUCCGGCAACAAUCCUCACUCUCAUCGUCGCUCUCUCACCGGAAGACAAAGAAGUUCUCGCUUACCUCAUCUCAUGCUCUUCAUCUUCUUCUUCAUUUUACAAAAACCCUAACCGGAAAACCAAGGAAACCGUUGGAGGAAAACAUCUUCCUCUAUUCCAUUGCAACUGCUUCCAUUGUUACAUGAGUUACUGGAUUCGUUGGAAUUCUUCACCGAAUCACCAACUCAUUCACACAAUCAUCAAUGAUUUUGAAGAUUUUCUCUCUCAAACCGAGAAUAAAAGAAAGGAGAAGAAAAACAGAAAAGCAUCCAACAACAACCACAUAAACAAUAAAUCGUCUGAGUCAAAUCGUUCCAAGUUGGAAUCGGUAACGGAGAGUACUACUAGUGGUAGUGGUAGUGAUAGUGAUAUUGUUGUUGUUAGUAAAGAAAUAGAUUUUGUUGAUUCGGUUGAAGUUGAAGAUGAAAAUGAAGAGAAAGUAGGUUCAGUGAGAAAGCUUAUGAGUUUCAUUAGAGAAAAGGUUUGGUUUCGAUUGUGUGUUUGGAGGAGAUGA